AUGACCGUCACGACGGAAACUCACAUCCAAGCACGAUGGGUACUCACGGCACUAGAGGAAACAGCGACAUGGGCCCGAAUGCAGUUCAAGCCAGCCAAGUCACGAAGCCUGGUGAUUAAGAAAGGAAAGGUCACGGAAAGAUUCAAGAUGACCAUACAGGGAGAGGACAUCCCAUCCCUGUCCAACAAUCCAGUCAAGUGCUUGGGAAAGUGGUUCGACACCUCACUAUCAGACAAGAGCAGUCAAGCCCGUCUUCAACAACAGGCGGAGGAGGGGUUGAGAAGAAUAGACAAGUGCGAUCUUCCGGGGAAAUUCAAGGCUUGGGUGUACCAACACAAUCUACUACCCAGACUCGUUUGGCCAAUGAUGGUUAACGAUAUUCCAACCAGUACAGUAGAGAAGCUGGAGCGGACUGUCAGCAAGCACCUAAGAAGAUGGUUAGGCCUGCCUCCAUCCUUCACCAACAUAGGUCUCUACAGCAAGACAGCAAAGCUACAGAUGCCCAUCAACUCUAUUGUAGAGGAAUUCAAAGUUGCUAAGACCAGACUUCUGCUAACGCUGAGAGAUUCCAAAGACGAGAAGAUCAGCGGCGCUGGCAUCGAGGUUAGGACUGGGCGAAAGUGGUCAGUGAGUCGUGCGGUGGAGCUUGCAGAGAGCAGUCUCAAGCACCAAGACAUUGUGGGUAUGACAAACAUAGGAAAAGAAGGACUAGGCACCAGGAAGCACCAAAGAUGGGAGACUUCAACACAGCAGGAAAGAAGAUCCCUAGUACAGACCGAGAUCAGGAAAGAAGCAGAGCAGGAAAGAAUGUCAAGGGCAGUCCAGCUAGGACCACAGGGAAACUGGACAAGAUGGCAGGUUCCAGAAAGGAAAUUAUCCUGGCAAGAGAUCUGGCAGUACGAGCCACUCAGACUGAGUUUCCUGCUUCGUUCUAUCUACGACAUGCUCCCAUCUCCUACCAACCUGUACCAGUGGAAGUUGAUUGACGACCCGGCAUGUCCAUUGUCCCUAUCUCAGGGGCGCUACAGAUGGCGUCAUGACCAGGUCCUGUCUGAGGUAGCCCAUGUCCUUGAGACCGAAAGGAAGAAAGAGAGACCGAGGCCAAACCAGAACCGCUACAUCGGGUUCCUGAAGGAGGGAGAACAAGUACCCAAGUCAGCCCCAGCAUCGACCGGAAUCCUGAAUGAAUCCAGGUCAUGGGAAAUGAAGGCUGACCUAAAGGAACAACUACAGUUCCCCCAGGAAAUCGCCCAGACUACCCUCCGGCCAGACAUUGUGAUAUUGUCCAGGAAUCCUAAACGAGUGGUGCUGGUUGAGCUGACAGUCCCAUGGGAGGAACGCAUUGAAGAAUCCCACGAGCUCAAGAGGUCCAAGUACGAAGACUUGGCCCAAUCCUGCAAGUCCAACGGCUGGAACACUCAGGUCUUCCCGAUUGAGGUCGGAUGUCGUGGCUUCCCAUCACAAUCAGUGUGGAGGAUGCUCGGAGAAUUGGGCAUCAAAGGAGCGGCACGAAAGCGCACAGUCCAUGCUCUGGGGAGAACAGCCGAAAGAGCGUCCAGUUGGCUAUGGAUGCUCCGUAGCAAACAUGAGUGGCAGCCAAGGUAG